CGCUAGUUUCGGCUUGCCGCUCCGACGUGACGGACGCUCUUUUCCAGUGGACGCCGGCUUACACGUGGAAGCGGCCUUCUCCGGUGUGUCGUGCUUUUCUUUGUUUUGAUCGCGUGUGAAUUCGUGUGCACGGGCUCGAUAUACAGUGGAAUAUUCGGUGUGACAGUGGAAAAUAAGCGAAUUACGAUUCGGUGGUUUCGUUUCUUCGUCGCGUGUACGCACUUCGAUUGAGUUCAGUGAGCGUUACCUCGAAACGGAGCGUUGUGAGAUUCGGACACAGUGUUUAUUCGAAUCUACGCCAUCAACUACCUCGAUUUGGAUUACGUGAAUCUAAAGCAACGGACGACGGGAACCGUGAGGAAAAGGGGAGCCGGAGUGAAGCUCGACAUUCGAAAAGGUAAACCGGCCAAAUUACAAGCAAACUUGUAAACAGCCUCGUCAAAGUGAACCGUUUCGAUUGGACGACACUGUCCCAAAAGGUCCGGCCACUUGGACGGGAAGGACGGGAAGGACGAGAAGCCACGUAGCCACGGUGGUUCCCUCGCCCGAUCGGGGAAACGACGGAUCUCACUCGCGGAAAUCGGUGACGAUGAGCUAGCGACACGACGAUGAGGAGGAUGAAGCAGCGAGCGCUGCUCGCCUGGCCAUGGUUGUGGCUGUGGCUGCUCGCGGCCACACCGGGUUCCCCGUCUUCCGACGCUUCCCCGUCGACCACGCUCUCGUCAUCGUCGUCGUCAUCGUCGUCGUCGGCGGCGGUGGCGAGCACAGUGACGAGGUCAGUCUCGCCCACCAUCAUCCCCACCUCCACCUCCUCCUCGUACGAGGGGACGAACAACCACGACGACCAACGACCAACGUAUCCCCAACAACCUGACAACGAGUUCCGUUUCACCCUUCCGCUCUACAACGUGUCGAUACCCGAGAACUCGAUCGGCAAGACGUACGUGGUCCCGUCCGUGGACGAGAGGAUGGGUAUAAAGCUCCCGUCACCGGACGCCAACCUCGACAUCCGUUUCCGCAUAAUGAGCGGUGACCGCGACCGAUUCUUCAAGGCCGAGGAGCGGACAGUCGGUGAUUUUUGCUUCCUAUUGAUUCGGACUCGCACGGGGAACGUGGACGUGUUGAACAGGGAGAGGAAGGAUCAUUACGUGCUCGAGGUGCGCGCCACAUUGAACAAGAACGACGGGAGAAAUCUGGUUACGAUACUCGAGGCGGACACCACCGUGGUUGUCACGAUCUUGGACACGAACGACCUGAACCCCCUCUUCUACCCGACCAAGUACGAGGCCACCGUCGCGGAGGACACGCCUAUGCAUCGGAGCAUACUCAGGGUAAUCGCCGAGGACGCAGAUCUCGGCAGGAACGGGGAGAUUUAUUACAGCUUCGCCGAGGAAACCGAUCAGUUCGCCGUUCACCCGGUCAGCGGGAUAAUAACGCUCACCAGGCCGCUCAGAUACACGGAGCGAGCGAUCCACGAACUCGUGGUGCUCGCAAAGGACCGGGGUGCGUUGUUCCGGGGAAGCAGCAGGGCCAGCACGGCGAAGGUGACGAUCAAGGUGCGCCAGGUGAACCUCCACUCGCCCGAGAUCUACGUGCACCACCUGCCCGACAUCGUGGAGCACUCGAACGCGGACAUCUACGCGAUCGUGCGGGUGAUCGACAACGACGAGGGGGUACACGGGCAGAUCGCGAGCCUGGACAUCGUGGGCGGGGACCCGGCCGGCCACUUCAGAGUUCGUCCAGCCGGCGGGCCGCACUCGGGCGAGUACAACAUCGAGGUGUUGCACCUGUUGGACAGGGAGACGGCGGUGCAGGGUUACAACUUGACGCUGCGCGCGACGGAUCGGGGCGUCCCGCAACGGUUCAGCUACAAAUUCGUGCCCGUCCAUCUGGCCGACCUGAACGACAACGCCCCGGUGUUCAGCCGGGAGAUAUACGAGGUGAGGGUGGCCGAGACGGCGCCCGUCAACACGCCGGUGAUCCAGCUGAAGGUGACGGACGCGGACGAGGGGAGGAACGCGUUGGUGUUCCUGGAGAUCGUGGGCGGGAACGAGGGGGGCGAGUUCUACGUGAACGCGGAGACGGGGAUGUUGUACACGGCCGUGAGCCUGGACGCCGAGAAGAAAGCGUUCUACACGUUGACGGUGUCGGCGGUCGAUCAAGGGAACGCGGGGACCAGGAAGCAAUCGUCGGCCAAGGUGAAGAUAAACGUGGUGGACACGAACGACAACGAUCCGACGUUCGAGCAAUCGGAGAUGGAGGUGUGGAUCGACGAGAACGAGCCGGCCGGCACGUCGGUCGUCAAGAUAACCGCCAAGGAUCGUGACUCGGGCGAGAACGCGUACAUCUCGUACAGCAUCGACAACAUCCAGAAGGUGCCGUUCGAGAUCGACCACUUCUCGGGUAUAGUGAAGACGAAACAGGUGCUCGACUACGAGACCAUGAAGCGGGAGUACUUGCUGCACGUGCGGGUGAGCGAUUGGGGGAUGCCGUUCAGGCGGCAGGCCGAGAUGCGGCUGCACGUGAAGGUGCGCGACGUGAACGACAACAGGCCCCAGUUCGAGAGGAUCGAUUGCUCGGGCCACGUGCCGAGGUACGUGUCGAUCGGCUCCGAGAUCAUCACCGUCUCGGCCAUCGACUUCGACGCGGGCAACAUCAUCAGUUACCGCAUCGUCUCCGGGAACGAGGACGGCUGCUUCGCCCUCGACUCGGCGAGCGGCGUGCUGUCCGUCGCCUGCGACCUGUCCGACGUCAAGGUGGCCGAGCGGGUGGUCAACGUCACCGCGACGGACGGCUCGCAUUUCGCGGACGUGAACCCCGUCCAGAUGCACCUGGUGAACGCGAAGCGGAACUUGGGCUCGCAGGGGAGGAUACUGUCGGAUCAGAGCGGGGCGUUCGAGUGCCGGGACACGGGCGUCGCCCGCCGUUUGACCGAGGCAAUCGCUGCCGCCGAGAGGAACAACAUGCCCUCGAAGGACGACGAGUACGCGCUGACGCCCAGCCGAUACGGCGAGAACGUGCACGCCCCCGAGUUCGUCGACUUCCCCAGCGAGAUAAAGGCGAACGAGUCGGUGGGGAUAGGCACGACCCUGGUCAGGAUCCGCGCCAGGGACAAGGACCUGGACUACAACGGGAAACUGGUGUUCUGCGUCUCGGCCGGGGACCGGGACUCCGUGUUCAAGAUCGACCCGGACACGGGCGAUCUGAACGUGAUCGGUCACCUGGACAGGGAGCGGGAGAGCGAGUACUUCCUCAACAUCAGCGUGUACGACUUGGGCAAGCCGCAGAAGUCUGCCUCGAGGAUGCUCCCCGUCACGAUCCUCGACGUGAACGACAACGCGCCCAGGUUCGACAAGUCUUUGGCGAGCUUUCGCGUCUCCGAGACGGCGUUGAACGGGACGAACGUGUGGCGGGCGAACGCGACCGACGCCGACCUCGGCGAGAACGCCCGUGUCACGUACUCCCUGGUGACCGAGACGAACGACUUCCGGGUGGAUCCCGUCACAGGCGUGCUCACCGUGUUCGGCAGGUUGGACAGGGAACGGCAGGAGGUGUACGAGCUGAGGAUACGGGCGCAGGACAACGGGGGCAGGGGGACGGACGCGCCCCCCCUGUACUCGGACGCUUUGGUCAGGGUGAUGGUGGACGACGUGAACGACAACGCGCCGAGCUUCGCGUUGCCCAGUUACACGGUGAAGAUUCGCGAGGACGUGCCCGUGUGGACGGUGGUCGCCGUCGUUGAUGCCACGGACCCGGACGAGGGGGGCGGGGGCGACGUCGAGUACUUCCUGUCCGACGCCAUGGAGAGCGAGGGCUACUUCAAGGUCGACAAGGUGUCGGGCACCAUCAGGAUCACCCAGAGCUUGGACUUCGAGGAACGGCAGAUGCACACGUUGACGAUAGUUGCUAGGGACAGGGGCGAACCGUCCUUGUCCUCCGAGACCAUGGUUAUCAUAGACGUGGUGGACGUGAACGAGAACGUCCAUCCCCCAUUGUUCGACGACUUUGUCGUUUCCGCGAGCGUGUUCGAGAAUCAAGCUGUAGGCACCCUGGUAACCACCGUCCGCGCCAAGGACGCCGAUCCCCUUGGCGGGGACUCGAGGAUCGGAUACACCAUACGUGGAGGGGACGGGAUCGGGAUUUUCUCCAUCGACAACGAAGGUAACAUCAAGACAAAGGCUGUGCUCGACGUGGAAUCGAAGAGAGGAUACUGGUUAACGGUAUACGCGCAGGAUCACGGUGUAGUUCCUUUGAGCUCCAGUUUACAGGUGUACGUGGAGGUGCUCGACAAGAACGACAACACACCAUUGACCGAGGUUCCGGUCUAUUAUCCAUCGGUCCUCGAGAACUCGCCGGCAGGCGUGAGCGUUCUCCAGAUACGGGCGUUCGAUCGCGACGUCUCGCCUCAACGAUUCACCUUCUCCAUCACGAGCGGCAAUCCGGAGGGUUAUUUUCUCAUCAAUUCCACCACGGGUUUGAUCACGACCAGCGGACGGAAGCUCGAUCGGGAGAACCAGGCGGAACACGUUUUGGAGGUGACGGUCAGGGACGACGGAUGGCCGUCUCUGUCCUCGACGACCCGUGUCGUGAUCGCUGUGGCGGACAUAAACGACCACGGGCCCGAAUUCGAGCAAAAGUUCUACACCGUUCAGAUACCAGCAUCCCCGUCCACCGAUAAACCGUUGUUCCAGAAAUCGAGGAACCGCUCGCGGGAGUUCGACCUUUCGAUCGAUACGUUACUAGAGAAUGGAACUUGGGAGACAUUUAGCCUCGACAGCUUGUCAGGAGAUCCUAUAUUCAGGGUACUCGCGAAGGAUAAAGACAUCGGAGAUAAUGGAAAAAUUCAGUACAGUAUCAAGGGUGGGCGAGGCAAGGGCAAGUUCAAAAUUCAUCCCACAACUGGAAUGGUCUAUUCUCAACGAGGAUUCGAAGCUGGACAGGAGUACGAGAUGAUGAUAAGGGCGGCAGACUGCGGGGAACCGCAGCGCAGCCAUCAAACACGGGUGUCCGUGCAAGUUGUCGAGGUACCAAAGGAAUCCGAGAACCCGCCAGUCUUCAAAACGAACAAUCAGAGUGUCGAGGUUACGGAGAGCGACAAGGUCGGGUUUCUCGUGGCACUGGUCCAGGCCACCGACAAAGAUGGCGACUAUUUGUGGUACGAUAUCAUUGACGGCGACAAAAGGGACGAGUUCUUCAUCGGCCGGGACAACGGGAACGUGCUGCUCGCGAAGAAACUCGAUUGGGAAACGCAAAACUUUUACAACCUGACGAUCCGCGUGACGGAUAGCGUGGAAUCUGCCGUGACUCAACUUCUGGUCAACGUGAUCGACAUCAACGAUCACAGGCCUGAAUUCACGGAGAGCGUUUAUCACGUGGACAUCUCGGAGAACGUGGAAAAAGGGGAGAGGAUACUUGAGCUUCACGCGAGCGACGAGGACGAGGACAAGAAAGUGUUCUACAGCCUUCACGCGGCCCAGAAUCAAGCGUCGUUGGAGAUAUUCCACGUGGAUUCGGUGACGGGUGCCGUUACGUUGAACGAGGUAUUGGAUCGGGAGACGAUCGAGGAGCACGUGCUCACCGUGAUGGUUAAAGAUCAAGGGACACCGGCGAAACGGAACUACGCAAGGGUUGUAGUAACGGUGCACGAUCACAAUGAUCAUGCCCCAGAGUUCAUCAGCGAGAUAAUCCAAGGAAAAGUGUACGAGACAUCUCCCAUCGGCGCUGCCGUGGUCCAAGUGUACGCCAUAGACAGGGACAAAGGGGACAAUGCCAAGAUCACUUACUCGAUUACUUCUGGGAACGUGGGUAACAUGUUCACGAUAGAUCCGAAUCUAGGCGUGAUCCGAGUUGCACGAGAAUUAGAUCUGAGCGCCUCCUCGGAAUACAUACUGUUGGUAAAGGCGACGGAUCACGGCUCCCCGGCGUUGGCCAAUACGGUGCCCGUACACGUGAUGGUAACCAUGGCCGACAACGCGCCACCUAGAUUCAUCCAGAAGGAAUUAUCGGCCGAGAUUUACGAGAAUCAACAGGUGGGCACUUACGUGAAACACGUGGAGGCAAGAAGCACGUCCUCUCUGCAAUUCGAGAUCGUUCGAGGGAACAAGGACGACACGUUCUUCGUGAAUCCGAGCACGGGGAUCAUAGUGAUCAAGAACGAGCUGGAUUACGAGAAGACGAAAUUUUACAACUUGACGAUAGCCGCGACAAACAUGGCAAGCGCGAAGGCGCAUUGCAACGUGAUCGUCCACGUUCUCGAUCGAAACGACAACGCGCCGAGAUUCCUGCAGGCCGUGUACAGCGGGGAGAUAAGCGAGGGCGCCACUAUAGGCUCCUUGGUACUCACCAAUACGAGCACGCCAUUGGUCAUAAAGGCGGAGGACGCCGACUCCGAGCUGAACGCCCUCUUGAAUUACGACAUAGUGGAGGACUUGCCGCGAAAAUACUUCCACAUUGACUCGAGCACGGGCGCUAUCAGGACGGUAAUGGUUCUGGAUCACGAGACCGUUCCUAAGUUCACGUUCCACGUGAAGGUCUCCGAUCUAGGGAAACCGAAACUGUCCUCAGAGACCACCGCAAAAGUGAUGAUCCUCGUCACGGACGUGAACGAUUGUCCGCCCAAGUUUCUCGAAAACGACUAUAACACCACAGUGCUGCUACCUACGUACAAGAAUGUAGCCGUGGUCCGAGUCAGCGCCGUGGAUCCAGACAGUUCGGAAGGCGUCCCGCUCAGAUACGACAUCAUCGAUGGAAACAAGGCGCACACGUUCGACAUAGACUCCCAAACCGGUGUGAUCACCGUGUAUAAUCCGGAACGGAUGAAGAAAAGUUAUCUGUUACGGGUGCGCGUCUCGGACGGGAAGUACUCGAGCGUGUGCCAGGUGAACGUGAUCGUGGAGAAGUCGGAGAACUCUGGGCUGAUGUUCCAGAAGGACGUCUACGAGGGCACAAUACCGGAGAACUCGACUCGGAUCACCACUGUCGCGGUCGUGAACGUUUUGGGGAGCGCGUUGAACGAGCACAUUGUCUUCAGCAUUCUGAACCCGACCGACAUGUUUGUAAUUGGAUCCACGUCCGGCGCGAUCCGAACCACCGGGAUUAGAUUCGACCGGGAGGUUUGCGACCAUUACGAAUUGAUAGUGGAGGCGAGGAGUCAGAUGCCGGGCAGGGAGAGGCCGAGGGUGGCGCACGUGAUCGUGAACGUCACUAUAUUGGACAUCAACGACAACUGUCCAAUGUUUGUUAACUUGCCCUAUUACGCCGUCGUGUCCGUGGAGGCGCAGAAGGGCGACAUUAUCACGAAGGUGCAUGCAAUAGACAUGGACAGCGGCGACAACGGAGAAGUUAGAUACGAGUUGAAGAAGGGCCACGGAGAGUUAUUCAAGGUGUGCAGAAAAACGGGCGAGAUAUCUCUGAAACAGAAUCUGGAGGGUCACAAUCGCGAAUAUCAGCUCACCAUUGCCGCAUACGAUGGAGGCAUUACACCGUGCUCUAUCGAGGUGCCGGUGAACGUAAAGGUGAUAGAUCGAUCGAUGCCAGUGUUCGACAAGCAAUUUUACACGGACAGCGUGCUGGAAAGUAUCGAGAUACAUUCGCCCCUAGCUUUGUCCAUACAGGCCGAGUCGCCGUUGAAUCGCAAGUUGAUAUACAGUAUAACGAAAGGGAACGAUUUCGAGGAAUUCGCUCUGGAUUUCAACACAGCCCCCGACAGUAACAAUGGUCCUUGUGUAAUCUACGUGGUGGACGAGUUGGAUUACGAGCAGAAGAAACAGUACGAGCUGACCGUCCGCGCGACGGACAGCGUAUCAGGCGUCUACGCGGAGGUGCUCGUUAGCAUUCUGGUACUGGACGUGAACGAUUGCCCGCCCGAAUUCACUCAAGACUCGUACAACAUCUCGGUAUCCGAGGCAGCGCCGUUCGGCACUUCCGUGUUGAGAGUCAGCUCCAGAGAUAACGACACGGACAUAAAUCAGCAAGUGCGUUAUGCGAUUCAAAACGACACGGAAAACAGCACGGAUCUGUUUCACAUAGACCCGGAAGAAGGUGUGAUCUUUUUGAAGAGAUCUCUGGAUCACGAGGCCCACGAGUCUCAUCACUUCACCGUAAUAGCCAUAGAUCGAGGCGUGCCGAGCCUCUCGAGCACUGCCCACGUUUGGGUGACGGUGAUCGAUAUGAACGACAACCCGCCCAAGUUCGAGCAACCCUCGUACACCUGCUCGCUGUCCGAACACGCGGAACGGGGCCAAUUCGUGACCGUGGUUUCAGCAAGUGAUCCGGACUACGUUGACGAGAAACUAACGUACACCAUAGUCGGUGGCAACGAGCAACAAACGUACAACAUCGAUCAAUCAACUGGCAUCAUUUCGCUGAUCAACAUGCAGAACUUUGGGGAGAAAAAGUUGAGCAUGCUAAAUGUCUCUGUCACCGAUAAUGUCUACACGAGCUUCGCGCGUGUCAAGAUCGAGAUACUGCCUGCCAACAGGCACAAUCCUAAGUUUCCAAAUCCGGUGGUCGAGGUAACGGUGUUCGAGAAUCAGUUGCCCGGCAGAUUGGUCACAAGCGUGAUAGCCACCGAUGACGACUUCGGGGAAUAUGGGACGGUCGUGUACAGCAUACCUUCCGAGCUUAUGAAAGAGAUUUUCGAUAUAAACAGAUUGACGGGAGAGAUUGUAACCAGGAAGAAAUUGAAUCGGGAAGAGCAGAAAUUGUAUGAAAUACCUGUGAUGGCUACCGAUGGAGGUGGUAGGUCAGGUUUCGUGAUGGUCAGGGUUAAAGUUGGGGAUGAGAACGACAAUUCACCCGUGUUCCUUCUGAGGGAAUACAAAGCUAGCAUCCAUGGGAAUUUGACCAUAAAUACGUCAUUCUUGAAAGUGAAGGCUAAGGAUGCUGACGAGGACGACGCUGCGAGGAUCGUUUACUCGAUCUACGAGCCACAGACUUCGGAGGCUAAGGCGUUAUUCGGAAUAAAUCCUAAUACCGGAGCUUUGUUCCUGCAGAAAAGUGCGAUAUCAUGGGAAAAUCAGUUAUUCGAGCUCUUUAUUCGUGCCGAAGACAAAGGCGGAGCUACAACUCAUCACGCUGAUGUUCCUCUCAGCAUCUAUAUAAUGGGUCCACAAGAUAUUCCACCUCUGUUUGAACGAAAAGAGGACAAAUUCUUCAUAUCCGAAGCAUCUCCUGUCGGUACACCAAUAACCAGGCUCAAAAUCGUAACCAAUAGCACAGUGACUUAUAGAAUAGUUUCCGGAGACGAAGAUUCCCCGUAUUUCAUGAUCGAUGGUUAUGGACAAAUUACUUUAAUCAAACCUUUGGACCGAGAGAGCAAGGACAAUCACUUGAUCGGAGUUCUCGCCGAAACGGAUUCCAGUCCUCCGUUGACAGCUCUUGCAGAAAUAUCGCUUCAAGUGUUAGACGAAAAUGAUCAUGCCCCUAAAUUCGAAAGCAAUCCUUACGGCAUCAGCGUUGCGGAGAAUGUAGAGGAGGGAACGUCCAUUUUGAAAAUUAUCGCGCACGAUGAUGAUUUGGGCAGCAAUGGAGAAGUUCGAUAUUCUUUCGGCUCGGAUAUAGGCGAAUUAGCGAAUGUAUUCACGGUGGAUGCAUAUACUGGCUGGAUAUCGACAUUGGUUCAACUUGAUAAGGAAAAACAACCCGAAUAUAAAUUUCAAGUAGUCGCCACCGACAAUGGAAAUCCAAAACAUUUCGCAAGAACUUCUGUGCACGUCAAACUAAAAGACUAUAACGACAAUCCUCCCGCGUUCGUAGACGAUCGUUACGAAGCAACUGUAAACGAAGACGCACUACCAGGAACAGUCGUGGUCAAGUUGAUCACCGUCGACAAGGAUUCGGACGUGAACACGCCUAUAGAAUUUUAUAUAACGUCCGGUGAUCCGAGAUCCCAGUUUCAGAUUAGAUCGACUGGCGAGGUAUACGUGGCAAAAUCUCUGGAUCGGGAAACGAUCGAUCGUUACGAGCUCGAAAUAGUCGGCACCGAUGGUAAAUACGUUUUCAAAACGCGAGUAACGGUACAAAUACUUGACGUGAACGACAAUCCGCCAUAUUGUCUGAGGUAUCGUUACCGCGAAAUUCUAUCCGAGGGUUCUCAUCCGGGCACUUACGUAUUAACUGUGCUAGCCACUGAUUACGACGACGAACCGAACGCCAAACUGCGUUUCUAUUUGACGGGCGACAACAACGACAAGUUCUCAUUGGACAAGGAGACAGGCGUGUUGAAAACGAUUGGUCAGUUGGAUCGGGAAACUCAAGCGAAGUAUUCGCUCACGGCUCACGUGCAGGAUAGGGACAAACCGUCUUGGGAAUGUUCGUCUCAGUUGGAAAUCUUGAUCUCGGAUUUGAACGAUAACGCGCCUAAAUUCACCAUGCAAACGUACAGUGCAACACUGCCGGAAGAUGUAGAGGUUGGUACUUUGGUAACGAAAGUGCACGCCACGGAUGAUGAUAUCGGCAUUAAUCGCAAGAUCAGAUACGAGUUCAUCGAUUCCGCCGAUGGCCACUUCCUCAUCGCGACGGACAGCGGCAUCGUUACGCUCGGCAAGCCAUUGGACAGAGAAACGAAGGCGAUGUAUAACGUGACUAUCCAGGCAUUGGAUCAAGGAACUCCUCAAUUGAUGAGCAUGACUUCGUUAAUCGUCAACGUUCAAGAUAUCAAUGAUAAUCCACCGGAAUUUGCGUCCAAGAUUUACUUCUCUAAAGUUCCUGAGAUCUAUGCCGUUGGCACGGAAGUGGCAAGAGUUCUCGCAACGUCUAAAGAUACAGGGGUUAACGCCGAUGUUUAUUACUCGAUCGUUGGCGGGAAUGAACACAAAAAGUUCCAGAUCGAUGCGCGUACAGGUGUCAUUAUAAUCGCGGAACAAUUGGAUUUUGAGCGUGCAAGAGAUUAUUUUUUGACUAUUCAAGCUGUGGACGGAGGAAUUCCGCCUUUGAGUAAUCAUGCCACUGUGAAUAUUACCGUGAUCGAUAGCAACGACAACGCGCCCAUAUUCAGUGAAGUUUCGUACAGAGCUUCCAUAAGAGAGGACGCAAAGAUUGGAGAGAAAGUUAUACAGGUAUUCGCAAAUGACUUGGAUAGCGAAGAAAACGGAAACGUAUCUUAUUAUAUAGAACGAGGUGACAGGCAAAAGCAAUUCUCGAUCGAUCAGAAAACGGGACAAAUUAUCGUCGCCGCACCGUUGGAUCGCGAAGAAAUUGGUAAUUACGUGCUAGAGGUUCACGCCCGCGAUAGCGGUAUACCCGUACUUUCCAGCUUCGUAAUGGUAAACAUCGAGGUACUAGAUGCAAAUGACAACUCGCCGCUGUUCUCCCUUUCAAAUUAUACCGCAGUAGUACAAGAAGACAAGCCCUUGGGUCACACCGUAUUGCAAUUCGUGGUCACAGACGCAGAUAUCGAGCCAAAUGCCGCCCCAUACACUUUUGAUUUUCGAUCAGGAAACGAAGGUGACGCGUUCAGGUUGGAACAGGAUGGAACAUUGCGAACCGCGACCAAAUUCAACAAUAGAGUGAAGGAUAAAUAUGUGCUGCAUAUACGAGUGUUUGACAAUGGAAGUCCACCUUUAUAUUCCGAUGCUUGGGUGUUGAUCAAAGUAAUCGAGGAAUCUCAAUAUCCACCUGUAAUUACGCCCCUAGAAGUGGUUAUUAAUUCGUACAUGGAUGAAUAUCCCGGUGGAAUUAUUGGAAAAGUUCAUGCAACGGAUCAGGAUCAAUAUGACACGCUUUCCUACAAUUUGAAUCCAUCGUCACCUAUUCCAAACGAUCUUUUCCAAAUUGACAAAAUCGAUGGCACUUUGGUAGCUCUUCCACGACUCGAUGUCGGCGAAUACAAAGUAAAUGUGAGCGUAACGGAUGGGAAAUUUAGCACUCAUUCCAUAGUAAAGGUAAACGUUGAUUUAAUAACCGAUAAAAUGUUGGAGAAUUCUGUGAUCGUGAGAUUCAGAGAGGUUAGCCCGGAAAAUUUCAUAUUGAGCCAUCGUAAAGGAUUCAUCAAGACUGUACGGAACGCGAUGAAUUGUAGGUUAAAGGACAUAGUUAUCGUGAGCGUUCAACCUUCCACCGACGAAAUAAAUCUAAUCAAAUCUCGCACCAUUCGACAAACCGUGCACAACGAUCUGGAUCUUUUAUUCGCUGUGAAGAAGAGUUCCACGCCUUUAGGAUUUUACGCUUCUGAAAGUGUACGGGAAGCAUUGAAUCAACGUAUCGAAGAGUUGGAAGAAUCGACGAAAUUGGUAGUGGAAGAAAUCGUGAGGUUCAAGUGCAACAAAGAGUAUUGCGUUUAUGGAGAUUGUCAAGACAAAGUUGUUCUCGACGUCACACAAAUAACACCUGUAGCCACCGACGUGAUGAGUUUCGUAUCGCCUCGUCACAAGCACAAGAUGGAGUGUAGUUGCAAAGAAGGAUAUGCCGGCAAUCAUUGCGAACUGGUCGUGAACGAAUGCGCUAGGGAUCCUUGUCCCAUGUUUAAAGUGUGCAUUCCCGAUUCCUCUGUUCAAGGGUAUUUCUGCCAAUGUCCGGAAGGCUUCGCCGGGCAAACCUGUGAUAUCGACAUCUCAAAGUGCCACGACGAAUCCUGUUACAUUCCACGGAAUCCAAUAUCGUUCAGCGGGAAGAGUUACGCUCGUUACAGAAUCGACAAAGCUCAUAUCAGACAAACGAUCGAGGAUCGUCUUAGUCUGUCUUUGCGGAUCAGAACCGUGCAAUUGACCGGAAACUUGAUGUACGCGGCCGGCAAGGUCGAUUACAAUAUUUUAGAAGUAAUGAACGGAGUCGUGCAAUACAGGUUCGAUCUGGGUAGCGGAGAAGGUUUGGUUCGCGUGAGCAGCGUAUACGUGAGCGACAGGCAAUGGCACGAGAUCCAAUUGGAACGAGAGAGCAACAGCGCUAAGUUAACCGUGGACGGGAAACACGUGGCUCACGGAUCAGCGCCCGGCAUAAACGAUAUUCUAAAUCUUCAAUCGGAUGAUCUGUAUUUGGGCGCCGAAGUUAGACAACAUCCGUCGAUCCUUGGCUUCGAGGAUGUUCAACGCGGUUUCAUAGGGUGCAUGGACGACGUCAGGAUCGCCAGGGUGUCGGUGCCGCUGCACAUGAGCGGAGCCAGCAGCGUUGCUGUUUUAAAACGCUUCGCAAAUGUGGAAUUCAGUUGCGACGCUGCCACUGUCCUCGUCUCCCCGGGGAUUUGCGGCUCGCAACCUUGUCAAAAUGGUGGCACGUGCAAGGAUUCCGGCGGCGACAAUUACGAGUGCCAGUGUCACACCAGAUUUAAGGGGCACGCCUGCGAAAUCGACACCGAUCCUUGCGCGUCUUCGCCCUGCCUCUAUGGCGGCCGUUGCAAAAUCGUGCCGGAAGGGGGCGACUUCACCUGCGACUGCGUUGGACCGAGCCUGAGCGGAAAGCGUUGCGAGUUCGGCAGAUAUUGCAGCCCAAAUCCUUGCGUCCACGGUGGGGUGUGCGAGGAGGGAAAUAACGGGCCUAUAUGCAAGUGUCAAGGAUUCAUGGGCGAUCGUUGCGAGACGGAUAUAAACGAGUGCGACGCUAAUCCGUGCACGAACGGAGGUACAUGCGUGAACGAAAUAGGGACGUACAGAUGCAUCUGUCCUCCCAACAUGACAGGACUAAAUUGCGGCAACCCUGCGUACUCCACCCCGAUCAUAUCUAGCCAUUUCAACAUCACGUGGGAGCAGCUGAUGUGGAUUGGUAUCGCUGUCGUGUUGAACGUGUUUCUGAUCGUUAUAUUCCUCACCUUCCGUCGGAUCAGGAUGAAACGGACGAGAGCCAGAGCGAACAAUAUCAACAACGAGACGAGGAAACAAAUCGUGUUGAACUCGGCGCGGCCUCACGAGCACGAGUUCAAACGUAGCUCGAAAUUGAGCAACUUGGAAGUGAUACAGAGAGAACCUCCCCAAUGCCCCCCUAGACCCGCUUCCUACACUCCAAGCUCGAACAACGAGCCGGUCGCGUACGGCAACUCUGCGGCCGUCGCGCUAAAUAAUUUAGAUACGUUGCGUAGUUACGGCAGCGCCGGUGACGAGUUGGAAAAUUUCCCCCCUGAUUAUUUGAGAAAUCUGAACCGCAGUACACCCGUGCCCCCUCCAUCCCUCACCCUCGCUAAUCCAGUCGGUGGAAACGCUACAGGCAGCGACACGGAUAGCCUUCAUAAGCCGAGCUGGCAAGAGCAGAUGCAGCUGGCUUCCUUCAUCACGGACACGACAAAGAUAAAGAAUGACCUGAAACGAGCGAGCCCAGUGGUACCAGAGCUGACCACUGGAGGACUUCUACUAAAUUCUUCUCGACGCGUGCCUCAUGGAGGUGGGACCUCCGUUGCCUCCAUGACGUCCAUCGAGGAUGAUCCUCGUAUAGUCGGUGGGUAUCACUGGGAUUGUUCAGACUGGGUCAGACCAAGCCAAAACCCCUUGCCUAAUAUCACGGAGGUGCCUGGAAGCGAAGUACCAGACUCGUCCAGCUUCCACAGCAAUGAGAGUAACGAAUCAAACACUCAUCAGUUACCGUCAGUGCACGGCUCUGUAGAUCCAGCGAGAGACAUCGAGACAUUGAACGAAGAUCAAGAGUCGGAAUACGUCGGGGACUCGGAAUGCGGGACUGAAUUCUCCGAGCAAUACCAAUGCGCGGAAACGCAGCGCCUAAAUCCCCUAGACAGUGGUGGCGAGGGAGAGUACAAGUAUAAAGGUUCCGAAAGUUAUCUUCGCCAUCCGAAUUCUUAUCUACCGCAUUACAAUAUCCACACGGACACAGAGAACGAAACGAAUCCGUUGAAUGGACGUCUUAGUACUUUAGAAUCCGAUGAGGAGGAAGACGACGUAGUGCCUUAUGGUUUCCCAAGCACCCGACGAAACCGGUGCCACAAAGGGGACGAGGUCGAUGAAAUCGGUUCGGUGAUCACCACCCUCGAGGAAAGGAAUUCGUUGUUGGGCGGCGCGACAAGUAACAGCGAUUUAUCCACGAAUUUGUGCGAGAUUGAUGAUUCCGAGUACGAGAUCACCGAUCAGAAGAGUAACGGCCGUUUGUGGUUGUCCGGGAACGGUAUCACGCAGACCUCGGUGUGACAAACAGUGGUGCCACGACUUAAAAACAAAUUGAACGUAAUCGUGUUUUUCUGUGCUUAUUGAAUAAAGACGAGUGCGAAUGUUAUGUGAAUAUAAAAAAGAAAUAUUGUACAUACGAAUAUUAUCGAAUCAGAGGUAGAGAGAAAAAAAAAAGAAAUGAUAAAAAGUGUGUACAGAGGCAGCUAUGAAUAUAAAAAACUGAUACGAGAUAAUUGAUAAACACGGUAUUAUAAAAAUUCGCAUACUGAGCUAACGAUGCGAUUUGUUUACGCAUCGUACCUCAAAUCUCCUAUGUAGGUAGAGCUUAGGUACUCUCACGUACUUAAUUCCGCGAAAUCCUCGAAAAAAAUUGGGUAUGAAAAUGAUGACGUAUCCGGGAGCAAUUCUUGUUUUUAUAUAACUUUCGUUAUGUAUUUAAUAAUAAUAAUUGAAAUAGGACCAUUUGACGAAUUUGGUAACAUUGUAGAAGAUUGCAUUUUAUCAGAUGAUUUUAUUUAAUUAACAUUUUGACAAUUUUACAAAUGAUAUAUGGAUUAUUAAAAGUUUUAUUUCUUUUUAAAGAUAAAAAUAUCUUUCCAUUCUACCAAAGGGGAUGAGGUUUAGUAAAAAAAAAAAAAAAAAAGAAAAUAUAUAUAUAUGUAUGUAUGUAUAUGUAUACAAUAUGAAAAAUAUAUGUAUACAUAUAUAUCGUGGCAACUAUACGCAACUAUUAUGAGUAAGAAGUUAUCUUGAUUAAGAAUAAAUUUGUUACUUGAGAGAAGUAAAUUUAAUCACGACCGCGUUGUCAGACCAAUGACUAUUGUUUAAUAAUCUAUCGUUUAAACUUAAAUGUUAUCCGCAACUAUAAUUCCACUGCAAAAAAAAAAAAAAAGUACAUAGGUACAUUUAUGUAUUUUUACUAUUUGCUAACCGACUUUAUUUUGGUUACGUACGAAAUAAACAGAAGAAGGACUACUUAAUAAUAUAGAUAUAAGUACAGCAUACAUAUAGUCUAGUGAGUAAAUAAAUUGACUCUAGUGAAAAAAAAAAAAACAGUGCUCUGCUUCUAGGGCGAAUAUAUGUGCAUGUCUGCUGACGUUUACUGCAGCAAAGCACAAUAGUUAAAAAGAUAUGAAAUAUUUUUACUGUGAUGAUAAUAAUGUUUAUACAAUGAUCAAAUACUAUGACUUGUAUGAUAAUGAUUGUAAUAUUAACUAUCCAACGUUUUUUAAGAGAAAAAAAGAUUAAGGAAUCGCGGAAAAUAGUACUCCAAUUCCGUGCGUACGUAAUACUAAGUCAACGUUCCGUUCGUUUAAUUUCAUUUUUUUUUUCUCUCUUUUUUAUAUAUAUAUAUAUAUAUAUAUAUAUUUUACUUCAUUUCUUCUUCCAUUAGUCACCAUCAGUUCAACAAACAUAACUGCAUAUAUGGUGCUAUUACUUACAUCACGCUUUAACAUUUUUAUCUACUCGAUAAGACUGCUCAGCAAUGUGGAUCAUUCGCAAUUCAUCAACGCUCUUCAUAAAUUACUCAUAGUUCUCAUACCGUUAUUUUCAUCAUGAAAAUCUGUCCAAAUAACGAUAAUGAAACAUUUUUUGAACUGCCAACUUAAUAAUAAUGCCGUACGAACAAAGGCAUUCCCCUUGAUUAAUUUGUGUAGUUAAGCGUGACACACAAAGAGUCAAGAAACUGUUAUUUCUGUGCCUAAUGUCUUUUAAAUACCGUGUACUUCCACGCAAGAUACUUCUUUUUCCGUUGAACAAAUAUUUAGCAGCAGCUUAAUUGGGAGAGGUGUACACGUUCUGUUUAUACAUGUAGAAUUCUACUGAAAUUCAUUGUUUAUGUUCCUGUUCUCUGAUGUUAGCCAUCUUUUUCUACAUUUAGUACGAUAAACGAGUAAACGAUGUUAAUAAUAUGAAACAGGGUGACUUUUUUGUGUUUAACCGAGAGAAAAAGAAAUUAUUGUCUUCUUUUUGUGUAAGUUUGAAAUAGCUGUGCCUCUCCUCUCUGAAAUUUCAAUGCAAUUACUUACAUGGAUACAAUGAACAUGACAAUUUAUUCUAUAUUAGAAUGAAAUAAGGAUAUUGUACAGUUUUAACUUAACAAAUUGUAUCGGAAUUAACAUCAACGCGCAAUGAAAAUUUCAGUUUGUGUCGAAGCACAGCGAAUUCUUAACUAUUAAGAUUAGUUUUUAUAUCUUAUGAAUUAACAGUGAAAAAACAUUGGUUAAAGACUGUAAAGCGAUGCGGAUUAAACGAUCAUCCACUUAUAAAUAUUGUACCAAUCAGUUUGUAUCACGUGGACAUUAUGAAGUAUUUCGUUUUAAAGAUAAAAAAGAAGAAACGCAAUAUUUUAUUAUAGAAUUUUUGAUCAAAUAACAACACAUUAAGUUUUAAAUGAAAAUAGAAUUAAUUAAUUCAGUAUGAUUAAUAAUUUAAGCAAUUGGAAUUGAUCAAAAUAAUAAUUGAAUUUCAUUUGUAUGCGUUUACUUUUUUAUUUUUCAAACUAUUUAUUAUUGAUUUGUGUACUUGAUAACUUACAAACUAAUAAAUAGUUCCAUUUAUUUCUUACUUUAUUGUAACUUGCCAUAAUUGUAGGAUGAUGACGAACGUAGAAAAAGUUAAACAUGAAAAAAAAUGUGGGUACAACUUCCAAAUUCACUGCAACAUUUAGCCCUGCUAAUAGGAUACAUAUCGAUAUCAUGAAAUCCUUCAAACAAUGAGGAACUUGACUUGUUAUAAUUAGAAGGCUAUAAUUAAUUUGUACAAGAUCAACCUAUUGUAAUAAAGAAUACAAUCUUGCCUAUA